AUGAAACUUGGCUACAGUUAUAAUAGGCAUGUAUACUGUGUGCUAAUAAAAUACUUAAAAAUAAGUUGCUCAGCCAUCCUAGUUUUAAUUAUUAGAGAAAUUGUUCAGUGAUCCAGCAACAGGAAGUCUAACUGCUAUGUUUGUUUCCACAGAAGAGAUAAUUCAAGCAGUAAUCGGAGAUGACGUCAUUCUACCAUGCCACACCGUGUUUGACAAGAACAAUUCAAAAGUGACGUGGAAACACAGGGACCAGAUUGUGCACACAUAUCAGUAUGGGAAGGACUGUCUAACUAAUCAGGACACUAACUUCAAAAAUAGAACAUCUCUCUUCCAUGAUGAAAUGACCAGAGGAAACCUUUCACUAAAACUGACCAAUGUCACUGAACGGGAUGCAGGAAAUUACAGCUGCGAGGUCCCAGAACAUCCCGAACAUAACAUUACCCUCGUUGUUGAGAGAAAGCCCACCAAAGGUCCGGUUCAUGUUACAAUUCUCUACAUUGGUUUAAGUCUUGGCGGGCUUUUCAUCGGCGCUUUAAUUGGGAUUGUAUGGAAGAAAUAUGGAAAUACCAGUAGAUGUGCAGGACGAGACAGGAGAGAACGCAACAGAGCCGGCAUUCGGGAGAGUUUUCCUAUGAGAAUUAACAUGGAAAACCCCAACGACGCUGCUUCAUGAUGACUCUGGAUUCUUGGACCCACCUACCAAAUAGAAAAUAAGGUUUUAUGCCAUCCAAAAAUCCACACAUUUUUAUCAGGUGCCUCCAGGAAAACAUCCUUUUGAUCCUGGUUGAAAAAUUACCCACUGCACACCUCGGGUCCUUAUUUCAUUUAAAUGGUCAAAUGUUAACAAAGUUGUAGAAUGAAUAUAUGAAAAGUUAUACAACUUGUUUACAUGUUGUUUUCACCGUGUGCUGCUAUCAGUGAAGUGAUUGCAGUGUUGUGUUCCUCCUGUUUCUCAUGAUGGUGCUGUUGUCUCACUGGUGCUACGAACACAGACACAGUGAUGAGAAACUCAGUUAACAUUAGUUUACUGUGACAGUUGAUGCUGCAGCACCGGGGUGUCAGGUUUAGAUAUAUUUGAGUGGUUGUGAAAGGUUUCUUAACAAUAUAAUAAUAACUGUGUUCAUCUGAAUAAGGUCUGGGUCACUAUACAGACCGGAGUUAUGAACACAUUUAAGAGCCAAAAUGGCUGCCGUGGUUUACUUGAAAUAAUUGUACAAACUUCUUUUCCACAGUUUUCAGCAAUGUGAUAGAAAAACGUUGAAGGAUGAUUCCUAAUUAAAAUGCAGGUACAGGACCUUAUUCAGAAGCUCUUCUUGAUAUUUCUGUGGCUUUUGAUAUGUUAGACCCUGAUUUUAUAACCAUCUCAGUUGGUAUCUCAGGUCUGGACCUUGACUGGAUUGAGAACCCAUUCACACUACUCCCUUUUAGUUUAAAACGUCUCCGUCUACAUUAAAACGAAUGUAAACGCACAUGUAGUGGCCGUUCACGUACACUGGGCAUGCGCAUGCCGGUGUAAACAUGAAGCUGAUAGUCUAUUCCGUAGUUACAAUCAGACUAGAUUUUAUUUUGCAGGGAACAAUAACGAAAAAAGUAAACGGGGCCAUGCGUAGGAAGAUGAGUUUUAUUUGCGCAGUACAGAAUAUUUUAAUAAAAAUCAAAAACUCAGUCAGUGGCAUCGUGUGUCUGCUUUAUAUGACUUAUAAGACCCAAUCAGAGAGCCAAGUGUGAGCGUCUGCGUCAUCGUUUCUAAAGUCCACCGUUUUUGCCGGUCUUCACUAAAACGCCCUCCGGAGUUUAAAAACGAUCGGUGCGUUUCCAAACUUCUCCCUUUUAGGUCUUUGUUUUCGCUGUUUUAGUCUGGACGGGAGGUGCAAAAGGUCUCCAUUUUAAAACGAUUUUGUAGUAGCAUGGACGCCUAAACUUCAAUUCAAUUCAAUUCAAUUUUAUUUAUAUAGCACCAAAUCACAACAGUUAUCUUAAAGCGCUUUUCAUAAAAGAGCAGGUCUAGACCGUACUCUAUGAUGCUAUUUACAGAA